GCCUGCGCCUCGGGGCCGCCGCCCUCCGCCCGCGCAGCCCGGCCGCCGGCGCGGCCCGCCCGGGAGCGGCGCGGCAUGGGCAGGUGCUGCUUCUACGCGGCGGGGACGCUGUCCCUGCUCCUGCUGGUGACCAGCGUCGCGCUGCUGGUGGCCCGGGUCUUCCAGAAGGCCGUGGACCAGACUAUCGAGAAGAAUAUCGUGCUAAGGAACGGCACGGAGCUCUUUGACUCCUGGGAGAAGCCCCCUCUACCCGUGUACACCCAGUUCUAUUUCUUCAAUGUCACCAAUCCAGAGGAGGUCCUCAGAGGGGAGGCCCCCCGCUUAGAGGAAGUGGGGCCGUACACCUACAGGGAACUCAGAAACAAAGCAAAUAUUCAAUUUGGAGAUAAUGGAACAACAAUUUCUGCUGUUAGCAACAAGGCCUAUGUUUUUGAACGAAACCAAUCUGUUGGAGACCCUAAAAUUGACUUAAUUAGAACAUUAAAUAUUCCUGUAUUGACCGCCAUGCAGUGGUUCCAGGUCCGCUUCCUCAGGGAGAUCAUCGAGGCCAUACUGAAGACCUACGAACAGAAGCUCUUCGUGACCCACACGGUGCAUGAGUUGCUCUGGGGCUACAAGGAUGUGAUCAUGUCUCUCAUCCAUCCUUUCAGACCCGACAUCUCUCCCUAUUUUGGCCUGUUCUACGGGAAAAAUGGGACUAAUGAUGGAGACUAUGUUUUUCUAACUGGGGAAGACAAUUACCUUAACUUUACAAAGAUUGUGGAAUGGAAUGGAAAGACGUCACUUGACUGGUGGACAACAGACAAGUGCAAUAUGAUUAAUGGAACAGACGGAGAUUCUUUUCACCCAUUAAUAACCAAAGACGAAGUCCUGUAUGUCUUCCCAUCUGAUUUUUGCAGGUCAGUGUAUAUAACUUUCAGUGACUUUGAGAGUGUCCACGGACUGCCUGCCUUUCGGUAUAAAGUCCCUGCAGAAAUAUUAGCCAAUACCUCAGACAAUGCUGGCUUCUGCGUCCCGGAAGGAAACUGCCUGGGCUCAGGAGUUUUGAAUGUCAGCAUCUGCAAGAACGGUGCACCCAUCAUUAUGUCUUUCCCACACUUUUACCAAGCAGAUGAGAGGUUUGUGUCUGCCAUAAAAGGCAUGCAUCCAAACAAGGAAGCUCACGAGACCUUUGUGGACAUUAAUCCUUUGACUGGAAUGAUCCUAAAAGCAGCCAAGAGGUUCCAAAUCAACGUGUAUGUCCAAAAAUUGGACGACUUUGUUGAGACGGGAGACAUCAGAACUAUGGUUUUCCCAGUGAUGUAUCUCAAUGAGAGUGUUCUCAUUGAUGAAGAGACUGCAAGUCGACUGAAGUCCGUGAUCAACACGACUCUGAUUAUCACCAACAUCCCCUACAUCAUCAUGGCCCUGGGCGUGCUCUUUGGCAUGAUCUUCACCUGGCUGGCAUGCAAGGGACAGGGAUCCAUGGAUGAGGGAACAGCAGAUGAAAGAGCACCCCUCAUACGAACCUAGCCGUUGCCCACGCCUGGUGAAGGGACCGUGGGAGCUGUCCUGACCCGGACCAGGGCACGGGAGGCCUCCGCAGCCUCGCGGGCUCGCUGCCCCGGGAAGGAGGGGAGAGGCGCGUGCUGGCAAGUGAGGACGGCGUUCUGGCCAGCGGCUAAAGGACGGGCUGGCUUGGCUGGCCACUAUGCUUUGUCAAAUCAAAUGUGGUCUCUGAAAUUGUCUUUUACAUGUCUGGCAAGUAUUUAAUAAACCCCUGUACAGUAAUUUUGUUGUUGCUGGGUGCCAGUAGCCAGAGUAUUAUGACCACUGUCAUGGAGAAAAUGUCUCCGCAUCACUUGUUAGUGCUAUUUGGUCUAACUUUAUUCACUACGCUUCAUUCAUCAAACUCUGUGCUCACAAUCCACACAUGCCAUUUUAUUGUAUUCCUCCACUUCACUCCCACAGCAGAAGUAAGAAAGAGUUCGGAACCCAGGGAAAAAUGGUAGCCUCACCUGAUAUAUCAUUCAGAUGCAUCUAGUUUUUUCUUUAAGACAUUACACAUGGCAUUGUAUGCUAAUCUUCAGUUCUUAAUUCCUCCAGGAAUAUAACUCGGUCUUCUAGCUACUCUUAUACUGUAGGAAUCAAGUGGAGAAGGGGUGAGUAGAGGGAUACCAAUGAAUUAAUAGUAACAAGCUCCUAAGGAUUUUUAACUUGUCCUUUUGUGAACCAAGAGAGAGCAUAAAUAAUGCUGGCAAGGAUAAGUACAGAUAUUUCAUGUAGAGUAGAACUAAGUGCUAGUUAUGACGCUUGUGGAUAGUUGACUAUUAUUUUGUCGUGAAAAUGAUCUUGAUGUGGAAAGACGCUUCUGGGAGAACAUAGUAACUGAUUUCUUUCCCCAGUCACUCUUGCCCACUGUGGUACUGGAUUAAUUAAUAUACUACUGAGUGAUCAUUUGCAAAAUUAUGAAUAUAGGAAAUCCAUCCUUCUACAGCAUAAGUUACACAUACAUUUCAGGAAGUCUGAUGAGACUAAAGAGACAUUUCUUCUGGGACAGUCUUUUCGGUAACAUUGAAAUUGUUUCUGUAAGUUCUUUCCUUGGGUUCAGUUCCUUCCAGUCUUUUGCGGCUCACUCCCACUCACGGAGUAGAGUAACUUGUGCUCUCUACUUCCUGUGACAAUCAUUUUGCUGAUAGAAUGACAGAAGUUUAUGACACUAUACAGAAAGUACUUUAAAGAAAAAUCCCUUGGGACCAGAAGCAGAGCCAUCUUCUUCAAAAGACUUCCUGGUUUCAGCGUAACCUAAGUCACGGGAAUUAGGGACCAUCAUAUGUCACAGCAUUCAGAAUUCUAGCAUAUUUAAACGUAUUUUCUUUGACUCUCAAAGUUCACCAUUCAUUUUUAAUUGAGAAGCCUAUAUAGUUAUCUGGCAAUGUGCUUACAGAAUUUUUUAACAACAGAAUCAUUCUAAGGGAUUUUUUGUUUAAACCUGGAUUUCAAUGAAAGCAAAUGAAGGGAAAAAAUCAUAGAUUUGACUUACAUAGUUUCUCAUCCCUGUUUGGAGGUAAUACAUUGCUUUAAUUUAUGAGCCCCAAUUUUUCUUCUCUCUACACUAAAGCAAUAUGUGAUUUGUUUCCUGCAUCAUUAGACUCUCAACUUUUCUAUAAAUCAAGAUAGAACCUUUAGAUAUCCUAAUUCACUAAAAUGUGAACAACUAAAUAAAAAAUAUUUGGUCUUCAAUAAUGUUAAAUACAUAGAUUUUUUUGAAUUUGUCAAUGAUUAGAUCAUUGGAAUAUCUUAUUUAUGCAUGUACUUAUCCACAUUAAUAAAACCGAUAAACCUGUGCAUGCUUAUUUGUUCAGUGUUGUUAUCAGGAUAUAAUCAUCUGAGAGGAGGACAUUUUAAAUACUGUAAAUGGUAAUAGUUGAUGAUGUGCACAUUUAGACUGAGUCCCACACAGGCAGGGAGACCAAAAGCAUAUUAAUUCCAUAUUUGUAUCAUGUUUGUUAAUCGUAACUUGGCCCAAAUCACAUUUGGUGUUUUCCUUCUGAAAAGUCUGAGGCAAACCUAUAAAUUGCAGUCAAAAUUACAGAUUGGUUAAGAAAAAUGAACCUAUUGUUCUAUUGGGUUAUAGAUUAAAAAUAACAAACUCUUCCUUGUGCUCAUUCUCUUGCAGCCAUUAUCCUGGAAGGAUCCCAAAGGCUUUGUGCCUGUCAGUCGUCACGAUCACAGAACACAGGUGUCCCAUACCAUGACACUCAACCUAGAGAGGGAGAAACCAGACAGAGAGCUUCACUUACUUCUCUCAGGGAAAAUUGAGAGUUGAGCACAGAACAGGAAAUGGGCUUUGCCACUUUUAGCCCCAGGCUUUUCCCACUAAAGUUUAUUUCCUUAUGUUCUAGAAAGAUCACUAAGGGUCAAGUGGAACAAGUACUACAUGACUAACCCCUAUUGGGGUUUUUACUUAAGGGAGGGUAAUUUUUAAUUUAAAUUGCUCUGGAUGUGAGUUCUGCAAAAGGUGAUCCUCACACUUGGCCCUCUGGGCAUUUGAUCGGAGUAAAUUGCUUGUGCCUGUUAAAGAGAAUACUGACCGGAAUGCUCUUCAUGUAGCUUCUACAUUUGAUUGAUUUCAUGUGACUCUUGACAUGUUUAUUUCUACCCUUAAUGCAAUGAAAUGUUUCACUAAUAAAAAAAAAAACUAUAUAUAAAA